UUCACAGUGCUAUAGCAACGCUUCACCUUUCAUUCAAAACACUGCCGUAUUGCCACAGUUUAUCAGAAACGUCGCGGAGUCUGUUAUUGUUUUGAAUGUUUUGCUCAGCCUGUUUUUGAACUGAAUUGGUUUUCAAAAUGAUAUGUUUACGAAUUUCGCCCAGAGGAUUUCUACAUAUGCGAACUCCCGUGGCUCAGCCGAAGCUCAGUAUAUUAUCCUUCUUCACAGUAAGAAAUAGACAAAUACCAGCGAUCAGAUGUCUUUGCAGUAAAGCAACCGACGGAAACGACAACCAAGUGUAUUAUGGUGCUUUAACUCCACAAAUCAGAGCAGUAAAAGUUUUCUCGUUAGUUACGAGCAUAGGCGGGCUUGUGGCACAGCCAAUACUAUUGGAGCAAGCAAACAAAAUCGGUGGUACUCCGAUGAUUGUGGCCAUUUGUGGAAUAGCCGGGUUUUUUACAUUUGUCACACCUUUCCUGCUGCAUCUAAUAACCAAACGAUACGUAACAGAUUUAAGCUAUGAUGCUUCCGCACAGGAGUAUACUGCAACUACUAUCACAUUUUUACUCCAGCGGCAACAGACAAAAUUCCGACUAAAGGAUGUAAUAGUACCGGAAGUGCCUGGUAUGUUCACCACAUUCAUGGUAGGAGAAAAAUCGCUUUUCGUUGAUCCAGCAAUGUUCCCGGAUCCGACGCACUAUAUUAAAAUUAUGGGAUAUGACAAGCCGAUCGAUUUUAAGUUUGACGAGGCGCGACAAACCAUGCAGCAGGAAUCUAAAAAGUAAUCCCCGAGUAAUGGCCGAGUGAAUAAAUUGCUAGUUGAUUUGAA